GCCUUCUGUGGAGCCAGACAUGUCCACCAACUCCACCAUGAUUCCGACAACUUCAUGGUUUACACCAAAGAGGUUGCUGGUUAUAUUUUGUGUGAUUAACUUGUUAAACUAUGUGGACCGAGGAACAAUAGCAAGCAAUGGUGUUAAUGGAAGUCGAGGAACUUGCACUGAAGGUGGUACCUGCAAAUCUAGAACUGGAAUACAGGGGGAUUUUAACUUGAACAAUUUUGAGGAUGGAGUUCUGUCAUCUGCUUUUAUGGUUGGACUUCUUCUGGCCUCUCCGACAUUUGCUUCUCUAGCAAAGAGUGUAAACCCAUUUAGACUUAUUGGAGUUGGAUUGUCAGUUUGGACUCUUGCAACCUUAUGUUGUGGUUUCUCUUUCAAUUUCUGGUCCAUUGCAGUCUGUCGCAUGCUCGUUGGUGUUGGCGAGGCUUCAUUUAUAAGUCUUGCAGCCCCUUUCAUUGAUGACAAUGCACCAGUUGCACAGAAAACGGCGUGGCUUGCUAUAUUUUACAUGUGUAUACCAGCAGGAUAUGCAAUUGGCUAUGUCUAUGGUGGUUUGGUUGGAAGUCAUCUUGGUUGGCGUUAUGCUUUUUGGGUGGAAGCUAUAUUGAUGCUUCCAUUUGCUAUUUUGGGAUUUGUUAUGAAGCCUUUGCAGAUGAAAGGUUUUGUACCUGCUGAUUCGAAAAAGGCACUGGCAGUUGAGACAGUUGUGUCUGGAGUUCAAGGUGUGCAAUCUUCAAAUGGAAAAGAUGAACCGUUGACCAUGAAGGCAGAGUUAAGAGAUAAAAGCUCCCAUGAACCUCCCAAAUCAAAAUCUGCAAACACAAUACUGGAUCAGUUUUCAAGAUUUCUGAAAGAUAUGAAAGAACUUUUACUUGAUAAGGUUUAUGUUGUCAAUGUUUUAGGUUACAUAGCAUACAACUUCGUCAUAGGUGCCUACUCGUAUUGGGGUCCAAAAGCUGGUUAUAGUAUAUAUCACAUGACUAAUGCAGAUAUGAUAUUUGGAGGAAUUACUGUCGUAUGUGGAAUAUUGGGCACUUUAGCUGGAGGCUUUAUUCUUGAUUUCAUGACUAACACCAUUUCAAAUGCUUUUAAGCUUCUUUCAAUGACAACAUUUAUUGGUGGAGCUUUUUGUUUUGGUGCCUUCUUAUUUAGAAACGAGUAUGGCUUCCUAGCUCUUUUUGCUAUUGGUGAACUACUAGUUUUUGCCACUCAGGGUCCUGUGAAUUAUGUAUGUCUCCAUUGUGUUAAACCAAGUUUGAGGCCGCUAUCUAUGGCUAUGUCUACUGUUGCUAUUCACAUAUUUGGAGACGUGCCUUCCUCUCCUCUUGUUGGAGUUAUGCAGGAUAAUAUUAACAACUGGAGAACGACCGCAUUGAUUCUAACAACUAUAUUUUUCCCAGCAGCUGCAAUAUGGUUUAUAGGAAUAUUUUUGCAUAGUGUGGAUAGAUUUGAUGAAGAUAGUGAGCAUGAAACAUCAAGGGUGGAAAGGACAAGCACUGCACCAUUGCUUGACGAGAAGACUGCAGAAACAUCAGCUUCUCGGCAAUCCCAACAAUGCUGAUUUCCUUAUAUAUAUUUGAUGCCUGUCCAGGCACAAUUGAAAUGUAAAUAACAUUCUUUUUUUAAAAUAUUUUUUCGGAAAUUUUGCAUUUUUCUUUUCUUUUCUUUCUUUGUAAUUAGCCUUCUGCUUUCUCUUGAAGGAAAUUAGUUACAAGAGUCUAUCUUGGCAAUGUA